GCUUGACGAACACCUGCUGCGACCCGACACCUCAAGCUUCAUGGAGCACCAAGCACCUCCCGAGGAGCGAUUCCAUCUGAUUACAAGACGGUUACAGGAGGUACUUGGAGGCGAAUCCAUAAAAAGCAUUCUUGAGCAGGGCAAGACACCAAAAUGCUACUGGGGAACUGCUCCUACUGGCAGACCGCACAUAGGCUAUUUCGUGCCUUUGGCCAAGAUCGCGGAUUUCUUGCGGGCAGGUGUCGAGGUCAAAAUAUUACUUGCGGAUGUUCACGCCUUUCUCGACAAUCUUAAAGCUCCACUCGAGCUUGUCACUCACAGGACCAAAUACUACCAGUUCCUCCUCAUCGCUGUCUUCAAAUCUCUUGGGAUCCCCAUCUCGAAGCUGGUUUUCGUCGAGGGUUCAUCUUACCAGCUCACGAGAGAGUACAAUCUCGACAAUUAUAAGCUCUGCGCGACCGUCACCGAGCACGAUGCGAAGAAGGCCGGUGCGGAGGUGGUGAAACAAGUAGAGAGCCCAUUGCUGAGCGGGCUGCUCUAUCCUGGCCUUCAAGCUCUCGACGAACAAUACCUGGACGUAGAUUUCCAGUUUGGUGGCGUCGACCAGCGCAAAAUCUUCACCUUUGCAGAACUCUACCUCCCCCGUCUCGGCUACGCCAAGCGCGCGCACCUCAUGAAUGCAAUGGUCCCGGGACUCGCGGGGGGCAAGAUGUCUUCCUCCGACCCUGAUUCCAAGAUCGACUUUCUUGACCCGCCCGAUGCCGUGCGGAAAAAGAUCAAGAAGGCCUUUUGCGAAGAGGGUAAUAUCGAGGACAACGGUGUACUCGCGUUCGUCGAUGCCGUGCUCAUUCCCAUCAGCGAGCUGCGCCUCGAGCGCGCGCGAGGCCAGGUCGGCGCCGACCCUGAGGAGGGCGUUUCUAAAGACGUGCUCGGUGAACAGAAGCCGUUCGUGGGCAAGGGCGCGCCGGAGGGCACGGUAUUCUCCGUCUAUCGAGACGAGAAGUUUGGCGGGUCGAGCCAUUACGCGUCAUUCCAGGAGAUGAAGAAGGCGUUUGAAGAAAAGGCUCUCCAUCCAAAGGAUUUGAAGUCUGCGGUCGCUGAUGCGAUCAUCAGCCUCUUGGAGCCGAUACGCAAGGCUUUCUCGGAGGAUGAAGAGUGGCAAAAAGUGGAGAAACUAGCGUACCCAGACCCGAAUGCAAAGCCAGCCAAAAAGAAAAAGGAAAAGGUCUACCACCCCCCACCGCCUGGGAAGGGCAAGAACGCCAAUAAGCCCGAGACUACGGCCGCGGCUGCCACCCUUCCAGGAGAAGAUGUUGCUGCAGCCGUUGUCACAUCUGCUAAUGGAUCCGCAUAGUGCAUUAUUUAAGGUGUCUAGGAUGCAGGAUGUACGAGAAGAACGAAAAGUUUGAUGUUCGCGCUUGUUGUAUGUCAGGUGGGGGUUGCGGCCAUACCUCCCAGUAAUAAAGGUUGUGUGGCAUUAAAGAUCGUCGUGUCAAUGCUGUGACAGAUUAGGAUGUGAAUAUCAGAAACUUCGAUUUC